GAGCGGAUGGACAAAAUGCCUUGCAUGCUGGUGUUUUUCGAGACAGAGACACAGUGAUGAUAGAGCUCCUACUGCAUUGGAACAAGAGGCUUACUACACAAGUGGAUACUGAUGGAAGCACGCCGCUUCACUUUGCUUCUUUGCUGUAUUUUCGGACCGGCACGUGUUUGCGUCUUGAGCUGCACUAGACCCCCUUGGGUGCCGUUUUAUUUGGUUUCCCUGGCAAUCUACACGGACAUUCCAGAAAGUAUUCAACGCAAACCCGGCAGCACUGUAUCAAGCUGACAAGAAUGGAUCAUUCCCCAUACAUGUGGCUGCCUCUGUAGGUGCUCAAGGUAUCAUAAAGUAUUUCCAUUAUGAGUGUCCGGAUAGUGUCGGGUUGUGUGACGCUCAAGGAAGGACGUUUCUUCAUGUUGCCAUCGAGAAAAGAAAACUGGGCAUAGUCUCCUAUGUAUGUCGAACUUCCUCGUUAGCUUGGAUUCUUAAUAUGCAAGACACUGAGGGGAACACUGCACUGCACUUAGCUAUCCAGGCACGAAGCUUUACGAUGUUUUGUGCUCUACUUGGGAAUGUGGAGGUGAAGUUGAAUCUAACAAAUAACCACGGGGAAACCCCCCGUGAUAUAUCCCAAAGUAAGCUUCCACGCGGAAUGGGCCAUGGCCUGAAUUCCGAGAAUAAAAUAUGCGCCGCCUUACAGUCUGCUGGAGCGAAGCAUGGUGUCUGUCGGCAGGAUAAGCGUCAGGAAAUGUACACUCGGCGUGUAAAGCCAGAAGACGAGGAAAACGAAUCAGAGAAGCUGAGAAAUGCAGCACAAGCACUUAUUAUUGCCUCAGUCCUAAUAGCAACCGUGGCGUUCAGUGCAACUUUUGCCCUUCCUGGAGGUUACAGAGCCGAUGGUCAUACAAAUGGAGGUACACCAACACGUGCUGGGAGUUAUGUUUUUGACGCGUUCAUGAUGGUCACCACAUUAGCUUUCAUCUGCUCCACAAUAGCUACCGGUGGCUUCGCGUUUGCUGCAAUUCCCAUGGUUAGCUUGGACAGCCGUAGAAUCAACUUGGCCAUAUCCAUGCUUUUCCUGUCACGUUCGGUCACAUGCAUGGCUAUUGCUUUUGCACUGGGUGUGUAUAUGGUGCUAGCUCCGGUUGCUACAGGUACCGCUGUUGCGGCAUGUGUUAUUGCUCCUGCCGUAUUGCUAAGUGUAAAUAUGGAGAUCAUUAUUAAAUUCGUAAUUCUGGCACCACCUUUAUGCAAUAGGAUAGGGCUAUACCCUGGAAUCGUGCAGUUAGUAAGGAUGCACGUGUUCCUAGUGGUCAUGGCACUGUGGCCCGUCAUAGUUACUUUUGGUUGGGCCGCGUUGGCAAGGAUCCAACGCCACCGCUAAAUCAUAAGCAUUAGCUUGUUGAAGACUGGUGCUUAAUGAAGUACU